UCUUUUGAGUCUGCGAGCUUGUGGGCGUUGUUUCAUUUCUCCUACGGUGUCGGUGUCGGUGUCGGUGUCGGUGUCGGGAGAAGAAGGGGGGAUUCGCUCCCAGGAUCUGCACAGCCGCCCCUGGGGGAAGCGGUUCCCCGUCCCGCUCCGGAGCAGCCUGGUGGGAGCCGGGCGGAGUCCCGGGGUGUCGGCGCUGUCAUGGCGACCCGGCGCGGGGGGCGAAGGUGCUGGCGGGUGAGCCCCCCGGAGCCGAGGCCGCCGGCGGGGCUGCGGGACCCCGCGGCCCAGGAGGAGGCGGCUGCCCCGCCGGUGCUCUCCCUCAGCCACUUCCGCAAGUCGCCUUUCCUCUGCUUCGGGGCCGUCCGCCUGGGCGCCUCGCGGACGCUGCCUCUGGCCCUGGACAACCCGAACGAGGAGGUGGCCGAGGUGCAGGUGGCGCGCUUCCCCGCCGCCGACCGCGGCUUCAGCGUCUCGCCGCGCUCCUGGGUGCUGCAGCCUAAAGAAAAAAUUGUUAUUUCUAUUAACUGGACACCAUUAAAAGAAGGCCGAGUAAGAGAGAUUGUCACAUUUCUUGUAAAUGAUAUUGUGAAACACCAAGCCAUUCUACUAGGAAAUGCAGAAGAACAGAAAAAGAAGAAGAGAAGUCUUUGGAAUACCAUUAAUAAGAAGAAAGUCUCAGCCUCUUCAAGUCAUAAAAAGAGGAAUUCAAAUAUUCAAAAUGUUAAUAAAACAUUUAAUGUUUCCCCAAAAGUUGACAGAGUUAGGAGCCCGCUACAAGCCUGUGAAAAUUUGGCUAUGAAUGAAGGCUGUUCCCCAACAGAAAACAGUUCUUUAAUCCUUGAAGAAAAUAAAAUACCCAUAUCACCUAUUAAUCCCACUUGCAAAGAAUGCCGUGGUGAGACUUGCUUGCCGCUUUCUGUACGUAGAUCUACUACUUACACAUUUCUUCACGCAUCUGAAAACAGGGAACUUAUGAAAGAAGAAAGUACCAGCAUUUCGAAAAAUUUUAAUUCUAAUGAACAAGUCAUAAUUGAAACUUCCUUUAACUCCAUAAAUAAUAGUAAUGGCCAAAAUGAAGAGAAUAGUAAACUUCUUCUUACCCCAAACUAUUCUUCAACUUUGAACAUUACACAAAACCAUGGAAAUUUUCUAAGUCCUGAUUCAUUUGCAAAUAAUAGUCAUGCAGCUAAUAAUGAACUAGAGUUAGUGGCAUGUCUUUCAUCAGAUACAUUUAUGAAAGAAAAUUCAAGGCCUGUACAUUUGGAAUCAAAAACUGUACAUGAAAUUUAUCGGACGAUUUUAAGUCCAGAUUCUUUCGUAAAUGAUAAUUAUGGACUAAAUCAGGAUCUAGAAUCAGAGUCAAUGAAUCCAAUUCUAUCCCCACAUCAAUUUGUAAGAGAUAAUAUGGCCUAUUUAUGUAUAUCUCAGCAAACAUGUAAAUUAUCACCAUUAUCAAAUGAAUAUUCUCAGGCCUCACAGUCUCCUCAAAAUCAGAGUGAAAAAAAAGUUUUACCUUGUUUUCCUGAAUGUGAGGGUUUAAACUCUCCCAAGGUUAUUUUCGAAGAACCCAAAGCUUUAGAAAUGAAGUCAAAUUGUUACAGUUUUACAAAACAAAAUCAGCCUAAAUUUCCUGCAGUUCAGGAUAUUUCUAAACGUGAUAAACAACUUAAGAGGCGCCCAAUACUUUCUGCCACUGUUACUAAAACGAAGCCCACCUGUUCCAGAGAAAACCAAACUGAGACUAAUAAACCAAAGGCAAAAAGAUGCCUCAACAGUAUAGUAGGCGAAGGUGAAAAAGGAGCAGAGAAUUCAAAAGAGAAGGAUGCUUUUCAUUCUUAUCUUCCAGCUGCCAAUCCAGCAGUGAGUCAAUGUAAGAGUUAUGAAAAUGUAGUAACUUCUUCUUCCUCAAAGGCGGCUUUAGUUCCUCGUAAAAGAAAGGGUGAGGGCAACGUGGAAGAUGCAAACGUGAGGGUUACAGUUACAGAACAUACAGAAGUGCAAGAAAUCAAAAGAAUACAUUUUUCUCCCGUGGAAUCGAAAACAUCAACUGUUAAAAAAACAGAAAACGUGAUAACACUGGUCUCAAAACGUAUUAGCAACAGAGAGAAAUUAAACCUGAAGAAGAAAACCGAUUCAGUAGUCUACAGAACACCUAAUUCUAAAACAAACAGAAGGACAAAACCCAUUGUUGCUGUGGCACAGUCUAAUUUGACCUUCAUAAAACCAUUAAAAACAGAUAUUCCUAGACAUCCAAUGCCAUUUGUUGCGAAAAACAUGUUUUAUGAUGAGCGCUGGAAGGAAAAGCAGCAACAGGGCUUCACGUGGUGGCUAAAUUUUAUAUUAACUCCUGAUGACUUCACUGUAAAAACAAAUAUUUCUGAAGUAAAUGCUGCUUCUCUUCUCUUGGGAGUGGAGAGUCAACAUAAAAUAAGUGUUCCUAGAGCUCCUACAAAAGAUGAAGUGUCUCUCCGAGCAUACACUGCUCGGUGCAGAUUGAAUAGAUUACGUCGUAAAGCAUGUCAUUUAUUUACUUCCGAAAAAAUGGUUAAAGCCAUUAAAAAGCUUGAAAUUGAAAUUGAAGCUAGACGGUUAACUGUUCGAAAAGAUAGACACCUCUGGAAAGAUGUGGGAGAACGGCAGAAAGUCCUGAGUUGGCUGUUGUCGUAUAAUCCUUUGUGGCUACGAAUUGGCCUAGAGACAAUUUAUGGAGAACUCAUAUCUUUGGAAGACAACAGUGAUGUCAUGGGGUUGGCUAUGUUUAUUCUGAAUCGCUUACUUUGGAAUCCUGAUAUAGCAGCUGAGUAUAGACACCCCACUGUUCCUCAUCUGUAUGGAGAAGGUCACGAAGAAGCUUUGUCUAAGUUUACACUGAAAAAGUUACUGUUGUUGGUUUGUUUCCUUGAUUAUGCCAAACUCUCCAGACUUAUUGAUCAUGAUCCUUGCCUCUUCUGUAAAGAUGCUGAAUUCAAGACGAGUAAAGACAUUCUUCUGGCUUUUUCACGAGACUUCCUCAGUGGCAGUAGUGGUGACCUUUCCCGUUACCUUAGCUUAUUGGGAUUACCUGUUCACCACAUUCAGACACCGCUUGAUGAGUUUGAUUUUGCUGUUACAAAUCUUGCUGUGGACUUGCAGUGUGGAGUGCGUCUUGUACGAACCAUGGAACUUCUCACAGGGGACCAGUCUCUCUCAAAGAAGCUCAGGAUUCCUGCAAUAAGUCGUCUUCAGAAGAUGCACAAUGUUGACAUCGUUCUUCAAAUUCUUAAAUCACGAGGAAUUCAAUUAAAUGAUGAACAUGGAAAUACAAUCCUAUCUAAGGAUAUUGUGGAUAGGCACAGAGAAAAAACUCUUGCGUUGCUUUGGAAAAUAGCAUUUGCUUUUCAGGUGGAUAUUUCCCUUAAUUUAGAUCAGUUAAAGGAAGAAAUUGACUUUUUAAAACACACACAGAGUAUGAAGAAAACAAUGUCUGCACUCUCAUCCCGUUCUGAUAGUGUUACCAGUAAGAAACAAGACAAAAGGAGUAGCAGUUCUUUUGAACAAUACAGUGGAAGCAUAAAGCUGUUGAUGGAUUGGGUAAAUGCUGUUUGUGCCUUCUAUAAUAAAAAAGUGGAGAAUUUUACAGUGUCUUUCUCAGAUGGUCGGGUGUUAUGUUAUCUGAUCCACCACUAUCAUCCUUACUAUGUACCUCUUGACGCUAUAUGUCAGCGUACUACCCAGACCGUGGAAUGUACGCAGACUGGUUCAGUGGUGUUAAAUUCAUCAUCUGAGUCUGAUGGGAGCUUUUUGGAAAUGUCUCUUAAAACACCCGAUCACGUAGAAAAUGCUUCAGGAGUAUACAAAGAACUCCUAGAAAAUGAGAAGAAAAAUUUUCAGUUGGUGAGGUCCGCAGUUAGAGACCUUGGUGGAGUCCCUGCUAUGAUCCAUCAUUCCGAUAUGUCAAAUACAAUUCCAGACGAGAAGGUGGUUAUCACCUAUUUGUCAUGUCUUUGUGCAAGGCUUUUGGAUCUUCGUAAAGAAACAAGAGCUGCUCGACUGAUACAAACAACUUGGAGGAAAUAUAAACUAAAAAUGGAUCUGAAACGCCAUCAGGAGAAAGAGAAAGCUGCAAGAAUUAUUCAAUCAGCUGUAAUCAAUUUUCUAACUAAACAACGAUUGAAAAGGGAGGUUAACGCCGCAUUGACCAUUCAGAAAUAUUGGCGAAGAUUCUCAGCACAAAGAAAAUUAUUAACGUUAAAAAAGGAAAAACUAGAAAAAGUUCAAAAUAAAUCAGCAUCCGUUAUUCAGAGUUACUGGAGAAGAUAUUCCACUAGAAAAAAAUUUCUGAAAUUGAAAUAUUAUUCAAUCAUCCUGCAGUCUAGGAUAAGAAUGAUAAUUGCUGUUACUUCUUAUAAACGAUAUCUUUGGGCUACAGUUACAAUUCAGAGGCAUUGGCGUGCUUGUUUAAGAAGAAAACACGAUCAACAGAGAUAUAAAAUGCUAAAAUCAUCAUCCCUUAAAAUCCAGUCUCUGUUCAGAAGAUGGAAGCGACGUAAAAUGCAUUUACAGAUAAAAGCUGCAAUAACAUUGCAAAGAGCUUUCAGAGAAUGGCAUGUCAGGAAACAAGCUAAAGAAGAAAAAUCUGCUGUUGUCAUACAAUCAUGGUACAGAAUGCACAGAGAUUUACGGAAAUAUAUUCAUAUUAGAUCUUGUGUUGUCAUCAUUCAGACAAGAUUUCGCUGCUUUCAAGCCCGAAAGUUAUACAAAAGAAAAAAAGAGUCUAUACUGACUAUCCAGAAGUACUACAAAGCACAUCUGAAAGGGAAGAUGGAGCGCACUAACUAUUUGCGGAAACGGGCUGCAGCCAUUCAGCUACAGGCUGCUUUCAGGAGGAUGAAAGGUCGUUGUUUACACAGGCAAAUCAGAGCUGCUUGUGUUUUCCAGUCGUAUUGGAGAAUGAGACGAGACAGAUCUCGAUUUCUAAACCUUAAGAAAAAUGUCAUCAAAUUGCAGGCACACGUGAGAAAGCAUCAACAAUUACAGAAAUACAAGAAGAUGAAGCAGUCAGCCCUUGUAAUUCAGAUUCAUUUUCGAGCUUACGUUUCAGCUAAGAAAGUUCUAGCAUCUUACCAGAAAACACGUUCUGCUGCCAUUGUUCUACAGUCUGCAUAUAGAGGGAUGCAAGCCAGGAAAAAGUUUAUUCACAUCCGCACAUCUAUUAUAAAGAUUCAAUCAUGUUAUCGAGCUUAUAUUUGCAGAAAAAAAUUUCUGAGCCUAAAAAAUUCUACGAGAAAAUUACAAUCAAUUGUCAGGAUGAAACAAAUGCACAAACGAUAUGUACGUUUAAGAGCAACUGUGCUGUUCAUCCAGCAAUGGUACAGAUCCACAAAACUGGCUGCACUACAGAGAAAGGAAUACAUGCAUGUGCGGGAAUCUUGUAUCAAACUACAAGCUCUUGUUAGAGGAUACCUGGUUCGGAAGCAGAUGAGGCUGCAAAGAAAAGCUGCUAUUUCACUGCAAUCUUAUUUCAGAAUGAGGAAGAUCCGGCAGUCCUACCUAAAGACUUAUAAAGCAACUGUUGUCAUCCAGAAUUACUAUCGUGCAUACAAAGCACAGGUCAAUCAGAGGAAGAAGUUCUUGCAAAUCAAAAGAGCAGCUACUUGCUUGCAAGCAGCUUACAAAGGUUAUAAAGUGCGGAAGCUAAUCAAACAACAGUCUGUAGCUGCUCUUCAAGUUCAAACUGCUUUUAGAGGCUAUAGUCAAAGGAGGAAAUAUCAAUCUAUGCUUCAGUCUACUAUCAAGAUUCAAAGAUGGUACAGGGCAUACAAGACUGUUAAUGAUACAAGAACACGUUUUCUCAAGACAAGGGCAGCUGUGAUUUCUCUCCAGUCUGCUUAUCGCGGCUGGAAAGUUCGGAAGCAGAUCAGACAGGAAACUCAAGCUGCAGUGAAGAUUCAGUCUGCUUUUAGGAUGGCCAAGGCCCAGAAACAGUUUAGACUGUUGAAAACAGCAGCAUUAGUCAUCCAGCAACAUCUGAGAGCAUGGGCUGCAGGAAAGAAGCAACGCAUGGAGUAUCUUGAACUCUGUCGCGCAGUACUGACACUUCAAUCUGCAUGGAGGGGAAAAACAACAAGAAGACAGAUGCAAAGGCAACGUGAAUGUGCUGUCAUCAUCCAGUCAUACUACAGAAUGUAUGUGCAAAGAAAGAAGUGGAAAAUCAUGAAAAGAGCUGCCUGUCUGAUUCAAAUAUAUUAUAGGGCUUACAGUAUUGGAAGGAAGCAGCAUCAUUUGUAUUUGAAAACCAAGGCAGCGAUAGUAAUUUUACAGUCAGCUUACCGAAGUAUGAGAGUGAGGAAAACAAUAAAAGAAUGCCACAAAGCAGCAGCCGUUAUACAGUCUAAAUAUAGAGCUUACAAAGCCAGAAGGAAAUAUGCAGCCUACAGAGCUUCAGCUAUCAUAAUUCAGAGGUGGUAUCGAAAUAUUAAAAUUGCAAACCAUCAACGUAAGGAAUAUCUUAAUUUAAAGAAGGCAGCAAUUAAAAUCCAAGGUGUUUAUAGAGGUAUUAGAGUAAGAAGACAUAUUCAGCGUAUGCACAUGGCAGCCACUUUUAUUAAAGCCAUGUUUAAAAUGCAUCACUCAAAGACAAGAUACCAUAAAAUGAGAACUGCAGCUGUUGUAAUUCAAGUAAGAUACAGAGCAUAUUAUCGAGGUAAAACUCAGCGUGCAAAGUACUUGGCAAUUUUGAAAGCUGUUACUAUUCUUCAGGCAAGUUUUCGAGGAAUGAGAGUUAGACAGACCCUAAGCAAGAGGCAGAUUGCAGCCAUACUCAUUCAGUCCUACUAUAGAAGAUACAGACAGCAAACGUAUUUUAAUAAGCUAAAGAAGGUAACAAAAACGGUACAGCAGAGGUAUCGGGCAGUGAAGGAAAGAAACAUCCAAUUUCAAAGGUAUAACAGCCUGAGGCAGACUGUAAUACGUAUUCAGGCUGUUUUUAGGGGAGUGAGAGCUAGAAGACACCUAAAAGUUAUGCAUUUAGCUGCAACUCUUAUUCAGAGGAGAUUUAGAACUCUGAUGAUGAGAAGAAGAUUCCUGUCUCUCAGGAAAACAGCUCUUUGGGUUCAGAGAAAAUAUCGUGCAAAUGUCCAUGCAAAGCAUCACUUGCAACAAUUCCUGCAGUUACGAAAGGCAGUCGUUAGAAUCCAGUCAUCUUACCGAAGGCUGAUGGUGAAGAAGAAGUUACAGGAGAUGCACAGGGCUGCAGUGCUCAUCCAGGCUACCUUCAGAAUGCACAGAGCGCAUGUUACGUUUCAGACUUGGAAACGUGCCUCAACUCUAAUUCAGCAACGUUACCGAGCAUAUAGAGCUGCAAAAUUGCAAAGAGAAACUUAUAUCAGACAGAGGCAUUCCGCUGUGGUCAUUCAAGCUGCGUAUAAGGGAAUGAAAGCAAGACAGAUUUUAAGGGAAAAACACAGAGCUGCCAUCAUAAUACAAAGCAUGUAUAGAAUGUAUAGGCAGUAUUAUUUCCACCGAAGGAUUCAGUGGGCCACAAAAGUAAUACAGGAAAAAUAUAGGGCAAAUAAAGAGAGGCAGAAAGCUCUUCAGCACAGUGCCCUCAAGAAAGCAGAAAGUGUUCAGGCAGGUGUUCAGGACGUGAGCAUAAGGACACAGAUUCUGGAACAGCGUCAGGCUGCCCUUAUUGUUCAGAAGCAUUUUAAAGCCUUUAAAAUAAGGAAGCAGUAUCUCCACUUUAGAGAAACAGUAGUUUUUGUCCAAAGAAGAUACAGAGCACGAACGGCAGUGCGUACCCAGGCGGUCAUCUGUAUACAGUCUUUUUACAGAGGCUGUAAGGUUCGAAGGGAUAUCCAACGUACGCAGCUGGCUGCCACACACAUUCAGUCGUUCUACCGCAUGCACAGGGCCAGGGUCGAUUAUCAAAGGAAGAAAACUGCAAUUGUUGUUAUACAGAAUCACUAUAAGUCAUACAUCAGAGUAAAAAUGGAAAGAAAAAAGUUUUUAGCAGUUCAGAAAUCUGUACGAACUAUUCAGGCUGCUUUUAGAGGCAUGAAACUUAGACAGAAAUUGGAAAAUAUAUCUGAGGAAAAAAUGGCAGCUGGUGCUAAGCAAUCUGUCUUGUGCUGUUACGGAACUGAAACUCCACGUGAAGCUGUUCAGAGCUCAGUGGUGAAGAUUCCACAGCGGAAUAAAGCUUCCUUGGUUGCUCCUUCACAGGAGGCAGAGGAUCCUCAGAGAAAGGCUGCAGCGACAAUCCAAAAAGCUUCUCAUAAUAUGGUCACAAGAGAACUGGCAACACAGGAGCGUGCUGCCCUUCGAAUUCAGUCCUUCCUGCAGGUGGCUGUGUGUCGAAGAAGAUUCCUUCAGCAGAGAAGAGCUGCUGUGACUUUGCAGCAGUGUUUCAGGGCCUGGCACGCCAGAAAACAGUUUUUAUUGUCUGGAGAAGCAGCAGUGGUUUUACACAAUCACCACAGUGCCUUUUUGUCUGCAGCACAUCAAAGAGAAGUUUAUUUACAAAUUAGGAGCAGUGUCAUUACUAUUCAAGCUAGACUGAGAGGAUCUAUACAGAGACGCAAGUUUCAGAAAAUUAAAGAGAGCGCCAUAAAAAUCCAGGCUGUGUGGAGGGGAUAUAAAGCCAGGAAAUACUUUCGUGAAGUGCAAGCUGCCUGCAAGAUUCAAGCCUGGUAUAGGAGCCGGCGAGCCCGUAGGGAAUAUCUAGCUGUAUUACAAGCUGUUAAAAUCAUUCAAGGUUGCUUCUCUACCAAACUGGAGAGAAGACGGUUUUUGAAUGUGAGAGCAUCAACAAUCAUCAUUCAGAGAAAAUGGAGAGCUACGCUUUCUGGAAGAAUAGCUCGUGAGCACUUAAUGAUAAAAAGACAACGAGCUGCUUGUUUGAUCCAAGCAAAUUUUAGAGGAUAUAGAGGAAGGCAGCUCUUUCUUCGGCAGAAGUCUGCCGCUCUGACCAUACAAAGAUAUGUACGAGCCAGGAAGGCUGGGAAGUGUGAAAGGAUAACAUAUCUUGAAUUAAAAAAAUCUACAGUUGUUCUACAAGCACUGGUGCGUGGUUGGUUAGUAAGAAAAAGAAUUUUAGAACAGAGAGCCAAAAUUAGGCUACUUCACUUCGCAGCAGCUGUGUAUUAUCACCUGUCUGCUCUUAGAAUUCAAAGAGCAUAUAAACGUCACGUGGCUGUGAAGAAAGCUAAGGAGCAGGUUAAUUCAGUCAUCUGUAUUCAGAGAUGGUUUCGAGCAAGAUUACAACAAAAGAGGUUUAUUCAGAAAUAUCAUAGCAUCAUAAAAGUUCAGCAUGAAGUUCAAGAACCUCUGAGCCAGCAAAGUAGGGCUGCAUCAGUAAUACAGAAAGCAGUACGCCGUUUUCUCCUCCGUAAAAAACAGGAAAAAUUAAAUACUAGAAUCGCUAAAAUUCAGGCAUUAUGGAGAGGAUAUUCUUGGAGGAAGAAAAAUGACUGUACAAAAAUUAAAGCUAUACGACUAAGUCUUCAGCUUGUGAAUAGGGAGAUUCGAGAAGAAAACAAACUCUACAGAAGAACUACACUUGCCCUCCAUUAUCUUUUGACAUAUAAGCACUUGUCUGCUAUUCUUGAGGCUUUAAAGCACCUAGAGGUAGUUACUAGAUUGUCUCCUCUUUGUUGUGAGAACAUGGCCCAGAGUGGAGCGAUUUCUAAAAUAUUUGUUUUGAUCCGAAGUUGCAAUCGUAGUGUUCCUUGUAUGGAAGUCAUCAGCUAUGCUGUACAAGUCCUGCUUAAUGUCGCUAAGUAUGAAAAAACUACUUCAGCAGUUUACGAAGUAGAAAAUUGUGUAGACACACUAUUGCAGCUUUUGCAAAUGUACCGAGAAAAGCCUGGUGACAAAGUGGCUGACAAGGGUGGAAGCAUUUUCAUAAAAACUUGUUGUUUGUUAGCUGUUUUAUUGAAGACAACAAAUCGAGCCUCUGAUGUUCGAAGUAGGUCCAAAAUUGUUGAUUGUAUUUAUAGUCUCUACAAACUUACAGCUCGUAAACAUAAAAUGAAUAUUGAAAGAAUACUUUAUAAACAAAAGAUGAAUUCUUCUAUCAGCAUUCCCUUUAUUCCGGAAACACCUGUAAGAACCAGAAUAGUGUCAAGACUUAAACCAGAUUGGGUUUUGAGAAGAGAUAACACGGAAGAAAUCACAAAUUCCUUGCAAGCUAUUCAAAUGGUGAUGGAUACGCUUGGCCUUCCUUAUUAGUAAAUGUAAACAUUUUAUCAGUAUGUACAGUAAAAAGAAAUAGUAGAGCUAAUCAUGUAUAUGUAAAGUGUUUUUGGCUUUAUGUAACUUCAAAAAUCUGACUUUGUAUUAAAAUUUAAAAUAUAUACGUAAUAAAGUGUUUUUUAUGUU